UGCAGGUAGAACGCCAAUAACAUGGUGCCUCGGCGACUUGUCUGUUUACGCCAAGAAACGGGACCAAAUAGUUACUGGAAAGCCUUUAUAGUCGUCUGUUUUGUUUUGUAAAGGUGUUUUAGAGUAUUAUUUUAUUAUUAUUAUUUCACAUUUUCGGUUAUGGGAUUGCUUGUGUACUGAUGUGUCACUUGUCCCAAUGGAAAGCGGGCUUCGCUUUGGCAACGUGGGCAUAUCCCUUGUGCUGCUGCUGCUGCUGUUGAUGCUCAGAGCUUUGAGUGUGAGCGCUGUGCAGUUUAGCUCUCUGUCCGGGACAGAGCUGGAGACAGCGGACACGGUGAUGGACCGGGGGCUGGAGAGCAGUAUCGGGGACGCCACGGUGGAGGACGACGACAUUAGCUCGGCUGGGGACAGCGAGGAGCCUGCCGCAGAUAACGACACAAACUUACACCAACACGGCAGAAGCUUGGUGAUCAUCAGCACUCUGGAUGGCCGGAUUGCGGCUCUGGAUCCUUUCAAUCAGGGACGCAAGCAGUGGGACUUGGACGUGGGCUCCGGCUGCCUGCUGUCAUCCAGCCUCAGCAAACCUGAGGUGUUCGGCAAUAAGAUGUUUAUCCCGUCUUUGGAUGGAGCUUUGUUUCAAUGGAACAGGGAAAGGGAGAGCAUGGAGGCCGUCCCUUUUAGCGUGGAGUCUCUGCUCGAGUCUUCUUACCGUGUGGGAGAGGACACUGUGCUGGUGGGAGGAAAGUCACUCACUACAUAUGGCCUAGGAAUCUACAGCGGCAAGCUGAAGUAUAUCUGUUCGACUGUGGGCUGCAGUCACUGGGGGGAGGAGGAGACCGAGCCAGAGGACAUGCUGUUACUGCAGAGAACACAGAAAACCGUCAGAGCCGUGACCCCUCGCAGCGGCUUUGAGAAGUGGAACUUCAGUGUGGGAAACUUUCAGCUAAAGUUUGUUCCAGAGACUGACACGCAGCUCGGCUUUUUGGAAGGGGACACUGCCAAUAAGGAGGCGUGGCAUGACGGGGCACGUGUGAUCCUGGAGGAAGCAGAAGCACACGGUCAAAACAACGGCAACGCACAUAUACAGACAGAAGGCCUGGACCUGGUGAUCAAAGUGUCUAUUCCAGACUGGAAGGUUAUGGCUUUUAGCAGUGGACCAGGAGGACGGCUUGUCUGGGAGCAUCAGUUCUGCACGCCCAUUGCUUCAGCCUGGUUGGUUGGAGGGGGAAAGGUGACCCCUAUCAGCCUGUUUGAUGACACCUCUUACACCGCCCAAACAGAGAGUGAGUUUCAGGAGGAGGACGAUGACCUCGUGGAGGAGGCACGUGAAGCCACAGAGUCGAGUAUUUAUCUAGGAAUGUUUCAAGGUCAGUUGUAUUUACAGUCUUCUGUUCGAAUGACUGAGAAGUUUCCAUCCGAGCCCAAUGCCCUGGACAACCAGCACUCUAACAGAGACAUCACUCCUCCUCCCACUGUCAAAUGGAAGCCUCUUAUUCACUCUCCUUCUCGUACUCCGGCACUGGUGGGGUCGGAGGAGUUUGAUAAGUGUUUGAACAACGACAAAUUUUCCUACGAGGAAUACAGCAACGGUGCGCUGUCUAUACUGCAGUAUCCUCAUGAUAAUGGAUACUACAUCCCAUACAGUACGCGGUACCGUGGCCGGCGCGAGGUGACUGCAGUGAGCGUGUUGCAUACGGGUGAGGCUGGAGGGAUGAGGAGGAAGGACCCAGUGCUGCUUCUGCCAUGGUGGAAGGAGAUCCUUGGCACAAUUAUCUUUUGUAUCGCUGCUACCACGUACAUCGUCCGCAAGUUCUUCCACCCACACACAGCGUACAUACGGCAGCGGAAGGAGUCUGAGACACAGUGUCAGACAGACACCAAGUUCGAGCUGGACGCCGAUGAACCCAGGGAGGCGGUAACAGACGCACGGCCCAGCGGAUACGUGUCCAGGUAUCUGACCGACUUUGACCCAGUGCAGUGUUUAGGGCGAGGUGGCUUCGGAGUCGUGUUUGAGGCACGGAACAAAGUAGACGACUGCAAUUAUGCCAUCAAGAGGAUCCGCUUACCAAACAGGGAAGUGGCUCGUGAAAAGGUGAUGCGUGAAGUAAAGGCCUUGGCUAAGCUGGAGCAUCCAGGUAUCAUCCGUUACUUUAACGCUUGGCAGGAGAGUCCACCUCAGGGCUGGCAGGAGGAAAUGGAUCGGCGCUGGCUUAAAGAUGCCAGUGCUACUGAUUGGCUGCUCAGCUCUCCUGACCACAUGGAGGCUUUCUCCGUGAAGGUGCCCGUCUCCACUCCUUCUCCUCUGGACGUGCGGUGUGAGUGCGUGGUCGAUGGCGAUGUGGGUGCGUUCACUCAGGAUCACGUGUGCGUGGAUGGCUUGGGGUUGGACAGCAUGAUGUCUGAUCAGGACAGCCAUGCAGAUGUCGAUCCCGACCUGGAGCUCUCAGGAUCACCCCAUUCUUUUGAGCUCUGUCCUCCCCGCACAGUGGCCCACAAUGACUGCACUUCUUCUUCCUUUGACAUCGUUUUUGAAGACUCCGGUUGCGAUCAGCAAGACAAUGACGCAGAGCUCAGCCAUUCUACACCGAGCCUUUCUACACCGAGCCAUUCCACACAGACACGAUGCCCGUCUCUCACUGGUUCCAGGUCUCACCAUGUUGUUUCCUCAGGCCCGGUCUCUUUUAUUCCUUCUCGCCCAACUUCUCUGAAGCUGCCACUCCAAGCCCACAUUCCGGCACCGCGGCUGGCCCUGACGCCCAAAGUUUAUCUGUAUAUCCAGAUGCAACUGUGCAGGAAGGAGAACCUGAAGGACUGGAUGGCACAGCGCUCUCAGCCUGAGCUCAGAGAGCACUCGGAGUGUCUCGGCAUCUUUUUGCAGAUCGCAGAGGCUGUUGACUUUAUCCACAGCAAGGGACUUAUGCAUCGAGACCUGAAGCCCUCUAAUAUCUUUUUCACACUGGAUGAUGUGGUGAAAGUUGGAGACUUUGGGCUGGUGACGGCUAUGGAUCAAGAGGAAGACGAUGAUGAGGAAAUAAACACCCUCACACCUAUGCCAGUUUACGCUCGCCACACUGGACAAGUGGGCACCAAACUCUACAUGAGCCCAGAACAGUUGUCUGGGAACUCGUACUCUCACAAAGUGGAUAUUUACUCACUGGGGUUGAUCCUGUUCGAGCUGCUCUGUCCAUUCCGCACACAGAUGGAGAGAGUCCGAACCCUCACCGAGGUCCGAGCGCUGCAGUUUCCCAUGACCUUCAGUAAAAACAAUGUCCUGGAGGCUCAGAUGGUGCGCUCUAUGCUCUCUCGUGUUCCUGCCGAGCGGCCCGAAGCAUCCGAGAUCACAGAGACCCCACUAUUUCAGGAGCUUGAGGUCCCCUGCAGAAUCCGACAGCGUUCACGAACAUACAGCGCCUCAUCCACAGGCCGACCAUCACGGCAGAUAUCUGGCUCCAGUUAAAGCACAGACACACCGAGCUGUAUCUCUGACCUUCUCUCGGCACCUCGGUUGAAAGCAAACGGAUCUUUUCGAGGAGAGACCUCGCGGUUUUAAGCACACACUCUAAUCUCAGUCUUUAUCGUUAGAAACGGGAGGCAUUUUAGCUUUUCGCUCAUUCCAUUUCAAGCACAAACUCGCACACAGACGCCUGCUCACGAUGUCUCUGCCUCUCACCUCAUUGACUUUUCCUCACUGUUGAGGUCAACCUCUCCCAUGUUUAAAAAAAAAAAAAACAGUAGUUAAAAAAAAAUAUUAAAGACAUUCACUCAGGAGAGAAGAUGCUAAGCAAACUGCUUGACUCCUAGCAAAUCAGCUCUGAUUCUGACGCUUUGUGAUGGAUGCAUCAUCAUCCUUACCUCAGUUGCUCUUCCAUACCGCGCACACACUAACGGAUUUGUCGUUGUGGAAAUAAAACAUUUUUCAGUGCUGGAUGAAGGAAAGCUGAUUAAUGAGCUGCUUUGGAACACUGGUCGCUCAUCUAUUUUUUUUUUUUUUUCCCUUCUAUUUUUUUUGAUAGGAAGUUUCUCAGGACUGGCUUCCUACAAACUAAACCUACGUUAUUUGUAAGGCUCUAUCGAUUUUUCAUGUUUCUAUUGUAAAUAGAUCUAAACUCCAAAAAAAGUGUGAGAAACUUGUUUGUGAGAAACAGUGCAUGAUGGAAGCUAAAGACACGGUUUGUGGCCACAGUAGCCUUUCACUGGCACACGGGGACUGUGUAUCUGCCUUAUUAAAAGAAUAGUAGACAAUUCUGCCAACUUGAUCGAUUGAUUGUGCUGAGGGAAUAUGCGAAUAUAGUAUGAUUUGGUUGAUUGCUUUCUGACGGGAUGAUUACAAUCAAAGAGAUCUUUUUUUGUUUGUUUUUUUUUCUUUUGGAAACUCUGUGUAAAGAUGGUGUAUAAUACUUUUUCAUGAAUAACAAAACGGGUUUUGUUUUUUACUCCCUUAACACUGAUUUCCUGUAGGACUUCCAGUUGACGGUGGCCGACUGGAAACUUCAUCCACCUAUGUAAAAUCACUGUUUAUAGGUUGAUUUACAUAAAAGAUUUUUGAUAGGUCAGUGCUAUUAUCGGCACAUGGUGCCAUUUUUCUCCGACUGUUUCUGCAUACAUUGUUCCUUGAGGUUUAAUUGUAAUAAAAUCUUGAGAUAAAAGCUUAGAUUGAGAGAGUAUGGAGGUAGAAUGACUCAAUUGAAGGGCAAGCAGUUACAUUUUGUUUUAAAGCUGAAGCUGUGUGUUUCUGUGAGAGAGAACGAAAAAGGUGGAUGGAGAAAGAGAUCGUGACUAGUGCAGAAAGGAUAUCAAUUGAUAGCCUGUCAUUGUUAUACACACUCAUUCCACCCUUUAGCAAGAAAUGCUUCAGGGCGUGCCUCACCUUUCACCUUUAAACAGCUUUUAAGUUUCCUUAU